CGGGCCCGGCCCCUCGGCCGGCCCUGGGAGCGCUCCCGGCGGCCGCUCCCUCUCCGCGCCAGAAGGGGCCGCGUGUACCCACCGCCGCCGCCGCUCCUCAACGCCGGGCCCAAGCGCUGCGCGGCCGCUGCUCGCCGGCUGCGCCCCGCCAUGCAGGACUACGAGGGGGUCACCGCCUUCCUGGGCGAGUGGGGCCCCUUCCAGCGCCUCGUCUUCUUCCUGCUCAGCGCCAGCAUCGUCCCCAAUGGCUUCACCGGGCUCUCCAUCGUCUUCCUGGCCGGCGCCCCCGAGCACCGCUGCCGGGUGCCCCCCGGCGCCAACCUGAGCCGCGAGUGGCUCAACGCCAGCAUCCCCCGCGAGGUGCAGGGCGGCCGGGAGGGGCCCAGCAGGUGCCGCCGCUACCGCCUGGAGUCGCUGGCCAAUUUCUCCGCGCUGGGGCUGCAGCCCGGCAGGGAUGUGGAUCUGAGUCAGCUGGAGCAGGAGAAGUGCCUGGACGGCUGGGAGUACAGCCGGGAGCUCUACCUCUCCACCAUCGUCACCGAGUGGAAUCUGGUAUGUGAUGAUGACUGGAAAGCUCCCUUAACUGCCUCCUUGUUUUUUGUGGGUGUACUGGUUGGAUCCUUUAUAUCAGGACAGCUCUCAGACAAGUUUGGCAGAAAGAAAGUUCUGUUUGCGACCAUGGGGGUGCAAACCGGCUUCAGCUUCCUGCAGGUCUUCUCUACCAGUUGGGAGAUGUUUUCAGUGCUCUUUGUCAUCGUCGGCAUGGGACAGAUCUCUAACUAUGUGGCAGCCUUUGUACUUGGCACAGAAAUUCUUGGCAAAACAGUUCGUAUUAUAUUCUGCACAUUAGGUGUUUGCAUAUUUUAUGCAAUUGGCUACAUGUUGCUGCCACUGUUUGCUUACUUCAUCAGAGACUGGCGGAUGCUGCUUCUGGCUCUUACUUUACCGGGGCUGCUUUGCAUUCCACUGUGGUGGGUCGUUCCAGAAUCUCCCCGGUGGCUGAUCUCUCAAGGAAGAGUACAAGAGGCAGAAAUCAUCAUCCGAAAGGCUGCUAAAACAAAUGGUAUUGCAGCCCCAGAUGUAAUAUUUGACCCUAUGGAGCUGCAGGAAAUGACUUCCCAGAAGCAGCAGACGCACACCAUUUUGGACCUAGUGAGGACAAAAAAUAUUCGAUUUGUCACUAUUAUGUCAGUGAUUAUUUGGAUGAUAAUCUCUGUAGGCUAUUUUGGCCUCUCACUUGACACUCCUAACUUACAUGGUGAUGCCUACGUAAACUGCUUCCUCUCAGCGGUUAUCGAAGUUCCAGCCUACAUUAUAGCCUGGGUGCUUCUCCGAAAUCUCCCGCGACGAUAUUCGAUGGCUGCUGCAUUAUUCUUGGGAGGCUGUGUCCUUCUCUUCAUUCAGCUGGUCCCUCCACACCUUCACAUCCUGUCCAUUAUCUUGGUGAUGCUGGGUAAAUUUGGGAUCACAUCUUCCUUUUCAAUGGUUUACGUUUACACUGCUGAGCUAUACCCAACAGUCGUGAGGAAUAUGGGAGUUGGAGCGAGUUCCAUGGCCUCCAGAUUGGGCAGCAUCCUCUCACCUUAUUUUGUUUACCUUGGUGCCUAUGACAGAUUCCUGCCUUACAUCCUCAUGGGAAGCCUGACUGUGCUGACGGGAAUCCUUACUCUGUUUCUCCCAGAAAGUUAUGGCACGCCUCUCCCAGACACCAUAGAGCAGAUGCUGCGGGUUAAAGGACUCAAGUACAGACAUACAUCUAAUAGCACAAGGGUUUCAAAGGAUGAAGAAGAAAGCCCAGUGAUUCUUAAAAGCACAUCUUUUUGAUGACACUACACUGUAUACUUGAUGAUGGACUGAAAAGUAAACUGACUUUUCUUUUAAUUUUCCUUCCAGAAAGGGCUAGUAGCAACACUUUGUGUCCUGUAAUUAUAAACUUAUUUAUUAAAUGAAACACUGUUUUUAGUACGUUCUUUUUAUAUGAACGUAGAUACUGUAUAUCCCUUCAUGAGAUCUCCAUCCACAGUCGUUUAAUGUGUCAAAACCACAGAACUAUGUUGGAUAAACCCAGUUUAUAAUUUUAAGAAUUACUAUGACACUCUUGCUGUAGACCUCUAUAUCUAAAAGGUGCUUGUUACUGAGUGCUGAUGGAGUGACUUCAGUCCUUAACGAGCUUAAGAUAACUCAUGUUAACAAGAGUUAAAAAUUGCCAGCUCUUUCCAAAUUGUAAGAAAAGGCUGCCAGUAGUACUGGAUUUCUCAACAUGCACAACACACAUAUCUGCCCGCAGGCAGGGAGCUUGUUAUAAAGUAACAAAGGUGGUGAAAAUACCUGGCUUGGCAAUUUUACAUCAGAACCUAAAUCAUACACAGGUGGCUUUGCACAAGAUUAAUUCCUGAACAACUUCAGGGAUGAAAAAAGAAAAACUUUGACAAAUGAAUUUGAAAACUUGACUUUAUUUUAGCUGGAAAUGGAUUGAGAAGAUUUUCUUGCACAAAUCAUUUGCAAUAUUUAAGUUUUGCUAGCAAAGUAAUUCUGAUUGUUUCAAAUAUCUUUUUAAUAUGACCACAGGGUGAAGUUGUUUACAUCUGGUAUUGGGGUGUGUCCUAUUCCAGGUGCUUAUUUAUUUUUAAAACUAUAAAUAGGUUUCAUCUGUAUUUCUUUUAUCCUUUAGGAUACAGUAUGUAAGCUAAUCCUUCUAAAUCUUUUGUACAGUUUGAUUCGGGGCAUUAUGUCUAUUUUCAAAACUUUCUAUUUCCUGUUUUGUUCUUUUUUUGUCAGUUUCCUCAACAUGGAGGGCUAAAUUCCACUCUCAGGUGUACCCUGUGCACUCACAUAAAAUUGAAUGUGCGGGGAUUACAUGGGUAUAAUUAAGAUCAAUAUUUAGCCACAAGUCCUGGCCAUAAGCUCGACUAAGAGCCAAGAAUGUCAUUUCACAUGUUCUGUUUUCUCACAAAUAUCAUGAAAUCAGUGGAAAAAAAAUUAAAGAGCAAAACCAAGAAAUCGUGUUGAAAAUCUGCCAAGAGCCAAUUCCUUUGAUUGCAGAAGCUGCCUUCGUAGCAUUUGUGUUUCUUUCAGGAAAACUUGUUUCUUUCUCAUUUGGACAAUGCUGAAAGCACAUUUCUUCACACUGGGACAGGUUUAAGAAAUGAAUUUCAUGAAGCAUUCUGUGGUACUUUAAUUUUUUUGGAACGGUUUAAUAAAUAGAGUCUUACCUUUCAGUAAUCAAAGCUGUUAGAGGCUUUUCUUUCUGGAAAAGCAGCUAUUUACAAACAUUUAACAUUUUACUGCUGUGUUAAAUUUAGCAGCAGCUAAUUAUCCUGAUAGCCAGCGUGCCUUAUUCUCUCCCUGAAGACCAUGCUGUAGCAACAGGUUUGGUACAGUGCCUCCUGCCUUAUAGAAGUAUGUUGUAGACCCUUCCUCUCUUUCUUGUCCUUACUAUGUGCAUGCACAUUGCAUGUGCUGUUUGUGUGUGAGUUGACCCUGAUCUGAUUCUGUAGUUCUGCCUGCCCACAGCUAAAGUUGUGAGAUUUUAUGUACCUUAGCCCUAUCUAUUCAAUCUCUAUCAGAUGUGCCAUUGGUAUGUCUUUCAUCAUCUGAUGGAAGUAACUACAAGUUGGCAAGUAUUACUGUGUUUUGGGGUAUAGAACUGACAUUAUCCUAUGUAAAAGGGAGCUGCAAGGAACAUGCAAGGCCCCUAUUAACUUUUAAAGGGAGAUUCGUUGUUUCUCGCUCUGCCCUUCUACAUUUCCUUGUCCUGUUAGGGCCAUUAUGAGAUCUGGAGUGAGAUUUGCAAAAUUGACACAGGUCAACGCCAUACUCUACACUGGUCUCAAAUCAUACACCACUGCCUUAUAAAAUCCACUUGGCAGGGACUUGUCACUCUGUCAAGACAAGAGCGUCUGCUUUGGGUAACUCUGGUUACAGUGUUUUGACUAUAUUUGCAUUUUCCCCGCCUAAGAAUUGCACUUUGCAACAUUCCUACCAGAAGGGCACAAACAGCCUCUUAGAGAGCAUAUGUCUACACUUUGCACUGGGGGUGUAAUGCCCAACUCUAGGAGACACGCCUGCGUUAGCUGGCAGUGAGCUAGCCUGCUAAAAACAGAAUGUAGCUGCAGCAGUGCGUGUGGCAAGAGGGGCUAAUAGCACCAAACACCUGGAAUUACACCUCAAGGUCAAAGUGCAGACAUACUGACUUUCUGUGUCCUAUGCAUGAGAUCAUUGGAAUCUGUUCUAAAAUAUAACUUGAAGUCUUACAGCAUGUGGGCUUUUAACUGAUGCCUAAUCUAAAACUGGAAUUAACUCCUGGCCAAGGUCUGAAAUGCCCUUAACACCUCAUUUAGCUGUUACUUUCCUCCACUGAUUUAUUCCAUUAUGUCACUGGGCAAUGAGAUUUUCUUUUUUAAAUGUUCCAAUGUUUACUGAGCAAUCUUGAGGACAAUGGUUGAGCCAGCUGAACGGGGAAUUUCUCAGUUGUGAUGCAAGGCAGAUAUACCAUGGCAAUAAUGAACAAUUCUGAUAUCACAGCAUGUAUUUUAGUGCACAUUAGUCUUCUAAAAAUGGAAAAUAUAACACAAAAUAUCCUCCAUGCUGCUGUAAAGUGUAUGGAUAUUAAUGCUGUAUAUACUCGUUCAUAAGCCGAAUAUUUUUGGUAAAAAAGUGACGCAUCAAAGAGCAGGGGUCGGCUUAUAAAUGGGUUUACACCAAAAUUUGAUGAUUUUAAACUCUAUAGAAUCAUUGAAUUGAAUAUCUAAUACAUUGUCAUUUUGUUUACUUGAAGUGUCUGCAGGCAUGGAGCCCCUCAGCUCCCUGUAGCCGCGGUUCGCCAUUCCCAGCCAAUGGGAGCUGUGGGAAGUGGCGCGCGACUUCCCGCAGCUCCCAUUGGCUGGGAACGGUGAACUGCGGCUAUAGGGAGCUGAGGGGCUCCAUGCCUGCAGACGCUUCAGGUAAACAAAACGUCCCGACCCGUCAGCGGCUUACCCUGACAGGCUGGGAGCCAAAGUUUGCCAAGCCCUGAAAUAUAGAGUCAGCUUAUGAAAGGGUCAUACGGUUUUUGCUAUUUUUACCUAAUCAUCUUGGGGGGGUCGGCUUAUAAACGAAUGGGCUAAUGAACAAGUAUAUACGGUAUAUUAAUCUGAUUCCCAUUUGACAGUUUAUCCCAUGCACUGUUUUCACUAUUGGUUUUGUUAAUGGGUGGCACUACCCACCUGGGUUAUUUUUCGGUAUGACUCCGUGGAUUCUCUGAUCUUGAAAAGAAUGCACUAAUUUUAGUAAAAUAAAAACCAGCUCAGAAUCUAACUGAAAUAUUCCUCCUAUGUUCUUUUGGAGAUGUAUGUUAAUAAGAUCAAUGUGCAGGUGAAGAGAGUCACAGAUAAAAUCUAGACUAGAGGAACACUGAAAAUGAUUACCUGAAUCAACAGUGACAUCAGUAAUGGCAAUAGAAGGUAAGGUCUGGAGGUGCUUAGCACAAUUGUAGAUACUUGUAGAACAUUUUGGUGGCACCAUGUUGUAUCUAAACUUUGGCAGAGUCAUUUUGAGUGCUACAUGUUCAGACCUUUGUAGCUUCAAGACAUCAUCUCCGUAAUGGUCUUUAAAGAUUCUGUUGGCCUGUCACUUAUUUUUAGUGUUUUGUAGGUUGCGGUGGCAUUGGGCCCUUCUGAACUGCUCUGAUCUGAAUAUAACAUUUUUACAAACUGAGGUUUUUGGAAAUGCUCCAUUCUUUCUAAAAAAAAGCCAACACGUACAUUUAAUAGAAGCCUUCCUCCUUCCAUGAAUUACUUUCUAAACCAGAAAGACCCCUAUGACAGUAACAUUAGAACAGGGUCCUUUAGUACCAGUAGAGUUCCAAGGUGAGGUCAUCGAGGUGUACUGUGUAAUUCCGUCUGCUAUUAUGUAAAGGCUUUUAAAAUUGUACCAUUUUUCAUUUUUACAAGUAUGUUAACAGCAGAUAUAGUAUACAGAACAUAAAUGUGUGGCUAUAAAGAAGACUUUAACUGUGCUUCAGUUAAUAACUGAGGGCCCUGUUCUGUCAUCCUUACCUUAGUCUGUGGGUAGUCCUAUUGUUUUCCAAGGAUUAAAGUACUACUCAUUGGAAGGGUGGCAAAAUCUACCCCUGAAUGAGGGGUUGUGCUAAGAUGGUAAAUUCACUGUAAUAUUUACACCAGGGUAGCAUGCAAAAUGGAUUCAGGCUGUCUUAAAUCUACAAAAGCUGGAAAAUUCAGAAUGGCUCAUGCAUUCUUUUCCUCAUCUGCUAAGAAUCGUUGCCUGUAUGGUACAUAAGAUUCCUUGCUGAUAGACAACCCCCACCAUCGUUAUGAGAGACAUGGCGUAGUGGUCAUGAGCACAGGGCUAGGAUCCAGGAACACCCAAGUUCUAAUCCUAGCUCUGAGAUUGACUCCCUUUAUCAUUUUGGACAAGUCACUUUGGCCUUGGUACCUCAGUUUCCCAGUAUCUCCAGUAAAAUGGAGAUAAUACCACCUCUCAAGGGUGUUGGAAUUAAUGAAUGCUUGUGAAGAGUUAUGUAAAUGCUCAGGAUGAUUAUCUGCCAUUUCUGAGCACCAGUUAGAAUUUUUAGCUUUACUUCUGAAUCUGGCUAUGAAUUUAACAUUAUAAUAUAGUGUUAAUUUUAAUUGGUUAUUGUUUUGUAGCACCUGCUACCAGCUGAUCUCAGAGCACUUGUGACGUUAGCUUCACCAGUGCUGGUACACCACCCCCUUUCGUACUCCUAAAUUACAGAUUGGGAAAGAUAGGCACAAAGAGGAGGUGGCCAGGGCCCCAUAGAAAGUCUGUUACGGAGCCAGGUGUAGAACCUGGGUUUUCUAGUCCCCAAUCCUAUGCUUUCACUCACAAACUCCUUCCCUGGUGCUAUGUAAAACCACACUUUUGAGAGUGCUUCCUUUUGAAUGUAGGGCACAUUUAAAAUUUACAUUAUUCUCCCAAGUGCAUGGUGAGACUAUCUUCUUUCAAUAGCUUUCAUUUGUUCAGAGGAUCCAUAAUAAUACUGCCACGGUGUAGAAGAUGUCUUGGAAAGUGCUUGCCAUUGGUGCGGUAGACGCCUGGCUUGACACCACAACUGUGCCCUUUAUGUCCUGGCUCCAAGUGGCUCAUCCAUUAUUAUAAAUUGCUCUCUAAGGCCCUAAGCCUGCAAGCACUUAAGUAGCUUCACUCACUGGUGUAGUCCUAUUGCACUCAGUGAGACUCCUCCUGUGAAUAAAGUUGUCUGUGUUACUAUUUGUAGGAUUGGGGCCCUAAACUUGGACAGCUGGAAAUGAUUUGAUGACAACAUGAAAUCAGCUUACAUAGCGUAGUGCCUUGCUUGCAAAUGCAUCCUGUGGCACUUUAUGAUACCACUUAUGCCCAGAGCCUUGUAUAUAGAAAGCCAAAUAUUUUCAAAAUCAAAGAGUGGUUUCUUCUGGUGAAUGUAAAUACUCUUUAAGUAGAACAAGGUUGAUUUAAAAUAGUUGAUUCUUAAAGCAUUUUCCUGUAAAAAUUGUGAUAUGAUUAUUUGUAAUAUUCUGAAUAAAAUCAUUCUAAAGAGAACUCCAAAUAUGAA